AUAGAAAAUGAUCUGAUUUUUCAUUUUAGCGUGACAGAUCAAAUGUUUGACAGAUUUUUUCAUUCCAAUAUAAGUGCAAUUUUUUAAUGUAGUGCUUAUGUAAGUUAUUAAUAUUGUGAAUUCAUUUUUUUAUAAACGUGAUAAACGUUAAAUGGACAAAUAAUUAUUUUCUCUACGCAAGUUGUAAUCAGUACGCCAUGCCGGUGACGCCCUUUCCUUUCUAAGAAUUAGUCAUUUUUCAGACCAUUUAUUAGUAUUCUUCAUCUUUUACGACUGAUCUAAAAACUACUUGAGUGAUAAUCAAUCAAUUAAUAUGGAUGAUAAAGGACGAAAAGUUAUUGUUUGUGACAAUGGAACUGGGUUCGUUAAAUGCGGAUAUGCUGGUGCUAAUUUUCCUGCGCACAUUUUUCCCUCAAUUGUUGGACGUCCAAUCAUCAGAGCCGUGAACAAAAUAGGAGAUAUCGAUGUCAAGGACGUGCUUAACAUGCCUGAUUUGCUGGUUGGGGAUGAAGCUAGUAAGCUACGUUCAUUAUUGGAAAUUAGUUAUCCUAUGCAAAAUGGAAUCGUCAGAAACUGGGAAGACAUGUGCCAUGUUUGGGAUUAUACAUUUGGAAAAGAAAAAAUGGAUAUUAAUCCACGAGAAUGUAAAAUAAUGUUAACUGAACCACCUAUGAAUCCAACAACGAAUCGAGAAAAAAUGAUCGAGGUAAUGUUCGAAAAAUAUGGAUUUACUGGAGUAUAUAUAGCAGUACAAGCAGUUCUAACACUUUAUGCUCAAGGUUUGAUAACUGGAGUAGUAGUAGACUCUGGUGAUGGUGUUACUCAUAUCUGUGCUGUUUAUCAUGAAUGUGCACCUUGUAAUCUAAUUAGAAGACUGGAUGUAGCUGGCCGGGACAUAACAAUGUACCUUAUUAAGUUAUUAUUAUUACGUGGUUAUGCAUUUAAUCAUUCAGCAGACUUUGAAACCGUCAGGAUGAUGAAAGAAAAAUUGUGUUACAUUGGUUAUAAUAUUGAAACCGAAGAAAAAUUAGCUGUUGAAACUACUGUUCUUGUAGAAUCUUACACACUGCCUGAUGGACGAGUGAUAAAAGUAGGGGGUGAGAGAUUUGCUGCUCCUGAAGCAUUAUUCCAACCGCAUUUAAUUAAUGUCGAAGCACCAGGAAUAGCCGAACUAGUAUUCAACACAAUCCAAUCGGCUGCUAUUGAUAUUAGAAGUGAAUUAUAUAAACAUAUAGUACUCAGUGGUGGUAGCACAAUGUAUCCAGGACUUCCUUCAAGACUUGAACGAGAAAUUAAACAACUUUACCUUCAACGAGUAUUGAAAAAUGAUGCAUCUAAGUUAGGAAAAUUCAAAAUCAGGAUUGAAGAUCCACCGAGACGUAAAGAUAUGGUAUUUAUGGGCGGUGCAGUUUUAGCAGAUUUAACAAAAAAUCGUGAUUCAUUUUGGAUUACAAAAGAAGAAUAUGAAGAAAGAGGACUUAAAGUGUUGGACAAACUUACUACUUAUGAAAAUAAAUGAAAACAAAAUAAUUUCAAAUUUUACACUGGAAAAAAUAGAUAAACUUAAUGUGCUAAUUGCACUUUUAUGUAAAUAUCAUAAUUUUAUGAAAGAAGAAGGUGGU